AUGGAAAUACUUUUAUUAAAUGGUAAAGCUGAAAAUUUAGAAAGUAUACAACCACAACAGUCUGAAAUAUCAGUGGCUUGUAACUUUUCUAAAGCUCGAGUAGAAGUCAAAUACUUUAAUCUAGAAGCAGAGGGUGAUAAGAUUCAUGUCACCACCAGGAACAGAGACUUCAACCAUUGGGUUCAACAGGUCAAGGAGCAUGACACUUUUCUCCUUUAUAAUGGAGAACCUGUUAACAACGACGCACCUUUGAAAGUUUGCUCUAACCCACUCAAGCUCGUCUUCAACGGAGGAACUACGAUGACGAAUGUCGCCAUACCCGAAAUACCAACUCACAAAUUCUGUUUUCACCCGAUUGAAAACUUUCUCAAAGGGAACUUCAAACAUGACUUGCUAUAUGAUGUCAUUGGAGUGUUGCAAGAUGUUGUUAAGACCCAACAGGGAGGUGGUGGUAGAAAAUCUUGCGUCAACGUCACUUUACGUGAUGUCGAAGGAAAUAUCAUUGAGCUGGUCUUAUGGGAUGAUUACGUUUCAGGUUUCCCGUGUCUAUCUAAUGCAUGGAACGGCUCAAGGCUUUACAUAAACUUGGAGCAUCCACAAGUCGAUGAAUUCAAAGCUAGUUUUGGAGCAACAACUUUGUCCAAUAUACCUGCCCUUUCCCAAUCACUAACCUGUGAUUCAACCAUUCAACCUGCUAACAACUUCUGGACUAGCUUGGGUGAGGUCAAGAGUAUCCAAGCAAUCUCUGAUUUGGGAAAGGAUUAUUAUGCAACUACGAUUGGGACUACCGUCGGUUUAAGAGCCUCCAAAAACGGUUGGUAUUUUGAGUCAUGCACUGGAUCCUCUGGGAAUGCAAAUCCAAAACCUGUUACCAAAUUCAAAGUUGAAGUUGAGGUGGUAUAUGAUGGACACAAGGCAAUCUUUGUUUUUUGGGAUAAGGAUUGUAUUCCUUAUACUAAACUGACUGCUAAGGAAAUAAGAGAAGUUAUGAAGACGGUGAGUUUGACAUUGCCGCAUAACUUUCAUUCUUACGUCCAGUCUAUUUGUUUAACUAUUAUUAACUAUAUUAGUUGUUGUUAUCAAUAG